CGGGUCCAACAUAAUUUUAGUGCUCCAUUAUAUGAAAAAAAGAAAAAAAGGUAGGCUUCACAUCAAAAUCAGCUUUUGAAAAAAGAAAAAAGAAAAAAGAAAGAAAUCAUCCAUUUUUUUUGACUUUGUAGGUAGAUAUGUUCCACAACUCCUAAUUUAAACAUGGCCCCUUCCAAUAUAGUCUCCAUUAUCAUUGGUUGUUAUAAACCCAUUCAAUUAUCUUCUUCCUUCAAUACUUUUGUUAUUAUUAUUAUAUAUAUUUGGAUCCAUGGUGUUUUGUUUUACGUAUGAAUGGGUUUUGCUUUUUGGCAUCAAAUUUCAUGGAAGAUCUCUUCUGUGGGCCACCACUUUUUUACUUUCUCUUCCUCUCUGCCUCACUUCCCCACCCUCCUUUCCCAAUCACCUUCUCUCUCACUUAUUACUUUUACCCUAUUUCAUUUCAUUCCAUUCAUUCAUGUUUAAUGCAAUCAUAUGAGAUUUGCUACACACAUUUUAAUCACGAUUGUCUUACUUCACAGUCAUAAGUUAAGAAAAUGUAAAGCACUAUGUAAUGUUUAGGGGAAGGGGAAGGGGAAGGGGAAGGGGAAGGGGAAGGGGAAGGGGAAGGGGCAGGGGCAGGGGCAGGGGCAGGGGGGCGGGGAUGAUGACGUGGCAAUAGACUUUGUAGAGAGAUUUGGAAUGUGAUAGUCCGCACCGCAGAAGAUGAGAACUCAAGAAAUGGCUUUAAAUUUGUGAAUAGUGACGUGUCAUUCAUCCAAUGUCCUCGUCGACAAAUCGCAUGGAGGACCUAACAAAGAGUCAAACCUCUCUUCUCUUCUUCCAUUAAGCCCUUCUUCCCUCUUCAAACAAACCUCUCUCUCUCUCCGACGUUGCAGCACCUCCAUGCCGACCUCCCCUUCUCCUUCUCCUUCUCUGUCUCCUUCCACCUCCGCCGCCGCCGCCGCCAAUUUCCCUCCUCCUUCAUCCUUACAGUCGGCGAAGCUCCCAGUCGACUUCAGUCCCCCUCUAAUCGCUAUGGUUGUCGUCAUCGCUACUGCCUUUCUCAUCGUCACUUACUCUCGCCUAAUCUCUCGCCAUCUCAUCCCUCCCAUUCUCCACCUCCUCCGUCUCCACCGCCGUCGCUGGCGCCGGUGGCGCCGCCGCCGUCGACGUGCUGCUCGAUCUUACAUCCCAUCCUCCUCUGGCGGCGACUUGGAUUCACUCCCUUACGAUUCGCCUUUCUUCGAACCUACUACGGAUGCCUUUCAUGUAUUCUCUCCGUACGGUCUCGACGAAUCAGUAAUCAAAACGAUUCCGCUUUCCGUCUAUACUGCCAAAAGCCGUGACCGUGAGUGCGCCGUUUGUCUUCUGGAAUUUGAAGACGAUGAUUACGUUAGAACGUUACCGAUUUGUUCUCACGCCUUUCAUGUUGAUUGUAUUGAUGUAUGGCUUAGAUCACACGCCAACUGUCCUCUCUGUCGCGCGGUGGUUUUUAGGCCGGAAUCUCCAUUCACGCCGGUUAUGGCGGCUAGAAUCCGGCCAAGCUUAGACGAUACGAUCUUACGAAGCAUCGUAUUGGAACCGUUAGCGGAAGGUCCUCUUAUACCCAAUCGAGAUUCUUAUCACGCAACGGAAUCAGAGAUCACGCCUUGUAUUGAUGAGCCACGAAAUAGCAAUUCCGUGGAGGAUCAAAUGAACGGAAGAGAUUUUUUGUUGAAACGAUCGUAUUCAUUCGGAUUCGAACGGAGCUUAGCGUCGGAGAGAAUGAUUCUAGAACCAGCAACCACGUCUCCAUGGAGGUACCGUCGUGGAAGCUUCUGGAGCAAACGGCCGUCACCAUUCGGAUCUCUACCGAAAGCGAGAGUAUUCUCAUUCCGAUACUACAGAGGUAUGAAGUCCCCGUUCUUCAGACGAAGAGGAGGAUUCUUUCCGUUAUCGGAAUCAAGCUGGAGAUUCUCCAACGGCGUAGGUGGAGGUUCAUCGAGACGGAGUAAGUCAAUGACGAGUCCAAUGUUUCUCCGAUCGUCAGUAACCGGCGGAGGAGGAGGAGGAGCGGCGUUUUCGUCGAGCCGGUUGAGAUGCGGGGAUCCCGAGGCGUUAUUAUCACCGGAGAGAUUCAAUAGAAGAUGAUGAGAGGGGAAAGAGGGGAAGAGGAAUGAAAAAACGAGGACACGUGUGCGGCUAUGAUGAGAGAGGGAAACGGAGGGUGGGAGAUAGGGCGGAGGGAAGGAGAGAGAAGCGGCGGCGGUGGAGAGAGAGAAAAUGGUGGUGGUGGUGGUGGGUUUUUAAUGAGAGAUGUCUGGCAAAUUUUGUAGAGGUCAUUAAUGGGAGGUGGGGAGAAGCAUUUAAUGAAAAAUUGACGAGAGAGAAUACUCUCUCUCUCUCUCUCUUAAACUUUAAUCGAUGAACCACUACUGCUCAUAUGAGGUUAAAUCCCUACUCUAACAAAAUUUAAUGCAACAUUUUUUUCUACUUCUUCA